UACAACAAGUUUGACAGUUCAGGCUUUUAGUGCCGUGCAGCAGUGGCAGCGACAGAAAAUUACACUUUCUCCCAUUGAAGCCGGAUUUUGUCUUAUUUCUGUCAACAUGUGUGAGUUUGGCGUUUCCUGCUGGCUAUGAAGGAAUCUAUACGUCCGUAGGUUUUGGUCACUUCUUCUCCUGGGAGUCAUUCUUUCCUCUUUUUUUUUGUGGGGGGGUGGGGGCUCGCGUUGGUGUUGUGUCUGAGAAACAAGUUCGAGGAAAAUCUCUCUUUUUCCAUUUAUUCGGGCGUCGAGAGGAGAAUAAAGAUGUCGAAGAAGGUGGAGGAAGCGAACAAGCUCGCCGAAAAUACAUACAAGAAUGUGAUGGAACAGUUCAACCCAGGACUUAGGAACCUGGUGAACCUGGGGAAGAGUUAUGAGAAGUCCGUUAACGCUAUGUCCAUGGCAGGAAAGUUGUAUUUUGAUGCACUGUCUAAGAUUGGAGAGAAUGCUACUGGGUCUCCUGCCUCCAAAGAAUUGGGUACAGUGCUGGUGGAAAUCUCUGAGGUGCACAGGAUGGCUCAUCUCGAAAUGGAGGAAAAUUUUAAGAGGUUCCACAGGGAGAUAAUAGCCGAGCUGGAGAGGAAGACUGACAUGGAUGUCAAAUACAUGACAGCCACAUUUAAGAGGUACCAGAUGGAGCACAAGAUGAAGCAGGAUUCUCUGGAGAGGUCCCAGGCAGAUCUGAAAAAACUGAGGAGAAAGAGCCAAGGCAAGAACGCCAACAAGUACGAAAACAAGGAAAGCGAGAUGCUGGAAGCUAUGACAGUUCGGCAGACGGAGAUGCAGUUGUUCCUCGCAGAUGGCUGUAAGGAGGCUUUGAUGGAGGAGAAGAGACGCUUCUGUUUUCUUGUUGACAAACACUGCAUGCUGACCUAUCACUUUGCUACUUACCAUGACAAGGCCAGAGACAUACUGUUAACAAAGCUGAACAGCUGGCAGGACCAGUGCAACGAUGCGACCAACAUGCCUGACAGCGUUUUGUCCAUGAUUGAUGAACUGCGGAAGCCAGUCACCAUCGCACCGCUGCCUUCCCCCACCCCAUCACGACACAGCGUGAGCGUGGCUGCUCCCCCGGCUCCACCUCUGAAGGCUCACACUAGCCCUCUGGCUAAUAUGUUCGACCACCACGACAGCACCACCAACAGUUUGACUGCUCAUACUCCUACCAAAAACAGCACAGAUCAUGAAAAUGGCGAGGAAAACAGUCUUGCUAGGUCUGUGUCUGUCGCCACGGGCCUCAACAGCUUAGCGAAGAGGCCAAGGGUGCGGACCAUCUUUCCCCACAAUGCUGGCAACAACAGCACCCUGCUCAGCUUUGAAGAGGGGGACGUCAUUAUCCUGCUCAUCCCUGACGAGAGGGAUGGUUGGAUGUACGGCGAGAUGGAAAAGAAUGGAAAGAGGGGCUGGUUCCCUUCAUCUUACUGCCGCGCUCUCACCGAGCCACUCGUGAAUAACAACAGUGAAACUGCCGCCCCCCACCGCAGCAGAAGUGUGGUAAACCUCCACCAUCAAGACACGGAGACAGACGAGGCGACCAUGGUGCUCCCCCCGACAGACUACUUCAACGUAAAGAGCAACGCCUUGUCCGCCGCAAGCGUCACCACAAAUAACCACCAGCACUCCCCCACACCUUCAGCAGCGUCCUCCACAUCCUCUGAUCAGAACACGGCUCCACAGUCUAACGGCACCUCGAGACCUCCGCCUGCCUUCCUUGCUGGAGGGAACCCAUUUGCAACAGUCAGGCUACGACCAACUGUGACUAAUGAUCGCUCUGCUCCCAACAUCUGAUUUCCAACAUUUCCAUCCGUCAUCGAGCUCAUCUGCUCAUAGUUUGGCCUCUGCUCAUAUGGUCCAACAGCUUCCCCUGGGUCAGGGCGGAGGAGAAAAUGGCCAUUUGAAUCUGCUACAAACUGAUUUGAUAAACCAAGUAUUUUGGGACCAUUUUAGUAACUAAACAGAAGUUCAUCUAUUUAUGAUAUUUUUUCUAUGUCAAUAGUUUUGUCUGUCUGUGUGUGGUGGUGAGAUUUAAAUUACCACAUUCUAACUUGCACUUGAGACAUGGAUGAAUUAAAAGGUGGUCCAAGAGAAUCAUGCGAUGUAUUUUUGCUGUUGAUGUUGCUUGUUUGACUGUUAGAAACCAUGCUGUGGUCAUAUGACAAUACUGUGGAGGAAUCCUACAUUUCACCUUUAGGUCCUAAUGUAUAAACUCGCUGUGGAAAGUCACUACAGACAUACUGUUGUGAGGAGAAAGAUGAUUUAAACAAAUCUGUCCUAAAAAGCACAGGGAUAUUUUCCUUGGUCCUCUUGUAUAAACACUUAACUGAUUCUUUGUCCAUUGCCAUCUAAAUUAAUGGGUUUUUUUGUAAUGUGGACACUUGUGCCUUAAUAAUGCAUACAUACUGUAAAGUAUAUUUUAUCUGUACUUAAUUCCAGCUGUGGAACUCUGAUAACCCUCACAGAUGGUAAAACUACAUGUAUGCUUUUCCAUCACUCAUCACAUUCUUCUAAUAAUUUGCUAUGUAACGAAUAAAGAGUUAUUUCUUCA